CAGUAGGGUUGCAGCAGAUAAACGCCACAACUCCUAUCUCUCCUCUUUCAUCGCAACCCUUCUUCUUCUUCUUCUUCUUCUUCUAAAGCACUUCCAGUUUCCACACGGACGCACUUUCCCUUUUACAUUCACUUUCACUUUCAUUUCACUCACUCUCUCGCUCUCUCUCUUCCUCUGCAACAAUGGGUGCCUCUCUCCCUCCCAAAGAGGCCAACCUCUUCAAGCUCAUCGUCAAAUCAUAUGAAACUAAACAGUAUAAGAAGGGUCUGAAAGCAGCAGACACCAUAUUAAAAAAGUUUCCAGACCAUGGAGAAACAUUAUCAAUGAAGGGGUUGACAUUGAAUUGCAUGGACCGUAAAUCUGAAGCGUAUGAACUUGUUCGUCUAGGAUUAAAGAAUGACCUCAAAAGUCAUGUCUGCUGGCAUGUUUAUGGUCUUCUUUAUCGAUCAGAUAGAGAAUACAGGGAGGCGAUCAAAUGCUAUAGAAAUGCACUGAGGAUAGAUCCAGACAAUAUUGAAAUCCUAAGGGACCUGUCACUCUUACAGGCUCAAAUGAGGGAUUUGACAGGUUUUGUUGAGACAAGACAACAACUCCUGACUCUAAAACCAAAUCAUCGUAUGAAUUGGAUUGGCUUUGCUGUUGCCCACCAUUUAAACUCAAACGCUUUGAAAGCAGUUGAAAUUCUUGAAGCGUAUGAAGGAACGCUGGAAGAUGAUUUCCCUCCUGAUAAUGAACGUUGUGAACAUGGGGAAAUGCUCCUGUAUAAGAUUUCAUUGUUAGAAGAAUCUGGUUCUCUUGAGAGAGCUCUUGAUGAAUUGCACAAGAAAGAGUUGAAAAUAGUUGAUAAAUUAGCUUAUAAAGAACAAGAGGUUUCUCUUUUGGUAAAGCUUGGUCGCUUUGAAGAAGGUGCUACUUUGUACAAGGCAUUACUUGCCAUGAAUCCUGACAAUUACAGAUACUAUGAAGGCCUUCAAAAAUGCGUCGGGCUCUAUUCAGAAAACAGCCAGUAUUCAUCUGAUCAAAUUGAGCUGUUAGAUAAAUUGUACAAAUCGCUUAGGCAGCAAUACAAUUGGUCAUCUGCUGUCAAGAGAAUACCUCUGGACUUUCUCCAAGGUGACAAAUUUCGUGAAGCAGCAGACAAUUACAUUAGGCCUCUUCUUACCAAGGGAGUUCCUUCAUUAUUCUCCGACCUUUCUCCUUUGUACGAUCAUCCUGGCAAGGCUGAUAUUCUAGAACAACUUAUUCUUGCGUUGGAGCAUUCAAUUAGGACAACUGGUCGAUACCCUGGAAGGGAAGACAAAGAACCUCCUUCAACUCUUAUGUGGGCCUUAUUCUUGUUAGCACAGCAUUAUGACAGACGAGGACAGUAUGACCUUUCUCUUUCUAAAAUUGACGAGGCCAUUGAGCACACUCCAACUGUGAUUGAUUUAUACUCUGCCAAGAGCCGGAUUUUGAAGCACGCUGGUGAUUUGGCUGCUGCUGCUGCAUUAGCAGAUGAAGCUAGAUGUAUGGAUCUUGCAGAUCGCUACAUAAACAGUGAAUGUGUUAAGCGUAUGCUUCAGGCUGAUCAGGUUCCUUUAGGUGAAAAAACUGCAGUGUUGUUCACCAAAGAUGGAGAUCAGCACAACAACCUUCACGACAUGCAGUGCAUGUGGUAUGAGCUAGCAUCUGGUGAAAGUUACUUCCGCCAAGGUGAUCUUGGACGGGCUUUGAAGAAAUUUCUAUCUGUGGAGAAGCACUAUGCUGAUAUUACUGAAGAUCAAUUUGACUUCCAUUCUUAUUGCUUAAGGAAAAUGACUUUACGCACCUAUGUUGAAAUGCUUAAAUUCCAAGACCGGUUGCAUUCACAUUCAUACUUUCACAAAGCAGCUGUUGGUGCAAUCAGAUGCUACAUAAGGUUGCAUGAUUCCCCAUCAAAGUUGACAGCUGAAGAAGAUGAUGAUAUUUCCAAGUUGCCGCCUUCUCAAAAGAAGAAAUUGAGGCAAAAACAAAGAAAAGCAGAAGCUCGGGCAAAGAAAGAGGCUGAAGGAAAAAAUGAAGAAUCCAGUGCUAGUAACGUAUCUAAGACUGGGAAACGAACUGUCAAACCCGUUGAUCCAGAUCCACAUGGGGAAAAAUUGUUGCAGGUUGAAGAUCCUCUGGCAGAAGCCACGAGGUACUUGAAGCUGCUCCAAAAGAACUCCCCUGAUUCAGUAGAAACACACUUCCUUUCUUUUGAAGUGAAUGUGAGAAGGCAGAAGGUUUUGCUUGCCUUCCAGGCUGUAAAGCAGCUACUUAGAUUGAACGCCGAACAUCCAGAUACCCAUCGCUGCUUGAUUAAAUUCUUCCAUAAAGUGGACUCAAUGGCUGCUCCAGUUACUGAUACUGAGAAACUCAUUUGGAGUGUCUUGGAAGCAGAACGCCCAGCAAUAAGUCAAUUGCAUGAGAAAUCUCUGAAAGAGGCAAACAAGGUUUUCUUAGAAAAACAUCAAGCUUCCUUGAUGCAUAGAGCUGCAGUUGCAGAAUUGCUCUAUGCUUUACAACCUGAAAAGAAACCUGAGGCCGUCAAGUUGAUUGAAGAAUCAACAAACAAUCCAGUUGCAACUAAUGGAGCACUUGGACCAGUCAAGGAAUGGAAGCUCAAGGAUUGCAUUACAGUCCACAAACUCCUAGAAACAGUUCUUGACCAAAAUGCUGCUCUAAGAUGGAAGGAGCGAUGCGCCGAAUACUUUCCUUUCUCAACAUACUUCGGGGGCAGACUCAGCUCUGCUGUGGCCAACUCUGCAUACAACCAAAGUAAGAACCCAGAAAAUGGGAGUGCUGACCAUUCGCAAAGCUCACCAACUGUGGAUCCCCUUGCACCAAACGGAAAACUAGAGGCAUUUAAAGACCUUACCAUCCGACCAUGAUGUUGAACUGGGAUGUUCAUUUGAAGCAUUUGCAUAUUCAACUGUCUGAAUGGUGGAUCCUGAUUGAAUCUCUCUAGCCGCAUCUCAUAAAAAUAUACUCGGAAGAGAGGUUGCAGCUCAUCGAAGAGGACGGGGUUACGCUGAUUCAAUUUUUACCUUUGAUCAUAAGAUGAGAUUUUCUUCGAAACCCAGUUCUACCUCGCCAAUUGCAAAAAUGUGUUCCUUUCGCAAAUGUGUAUAAUCCACUUUUCAUUGCGCUUCUAGGGUUGAUGGAAAAGCUAAAAAAUUCAUUUUUCUUUUCGAGUUAAUGGUCCUAGAACCGGUCACAUCAUAGAUAUCGGGAGCAUGUUGUAUUAUGCUCAUUUCAUUUACUUGAUUGGUAUGUACAAACAGCAUAAAGUAUGUGAAAAUUUUGCCAUGGAAUUUGCACCAGUGAACCGAUGUGUUAUUUAAACCUUUAGAUUAAGUCGUCCUGCAAUUCUUUCAAAUGUAUGG